GUGUAUGCAUAGAAUUAUCAUGGGCACAGUGCGGGGGGCCCAUCUCUUUCCCAAAAGGAAGACAGAAUAAUUGAGCGACCCAGCUUAUGAUAUGAUAUUGCAUCAGGUUAACUUCACCCCAGUCUCAGCCUCUUUGAAUUACCAAACCCUAUUCUCUUCUCUCUUUACUGCUAAUCCUCAUCUCUUUUCCUCUUACUGUGCUCUCCUGAAACUUUUGUAGAUGGUGGCAUAGCUACCUAUACUGAAGUUUUAACUCCGGAGUUUUUGAUUGACAAGGGCAGUGAUUCAUCUGCUCCCUGUACUGCAAACUAUCCCCUCUUUCUUCUAUCUUUGGCUCAACUUCAGUCCUUUUUUCCUUUGAUUUCCCGAAAGCUAUGGAGUUCCUGAGCUCAAUCGUGGGUCUGAUCCCCUGUUUCUAUGAUCACACCUCCGAGCAUACGGUCUACAUUCGUGAUCUGAAAAAAAAUCUCCAAGCCUUGAGCAAGGAAAUGGCGGAGCUCAACAACUUGUAUGAAGAUGUGAAGGCAAGGGUUGAAGGUGCAGAGCAACGACAGAUGAUGCGCAGAAAGGAAGUGGGUGGCUGGAUCUGUGAAGUAGAAGUCAUGGUGACGGAAGUUCAAGAAAUUCUGCAAAAGGGUAAUCAAGAAAUCCAGAAGAGAUGUCUCGGAUGCUGUCCUAGGAAUUGUUGGUCAAGCUACAAGAUUGGGAAGGCAGUAAGCGAAAAGCUGGUUGCUGUAUCUGGUCAAAUCGGCAAAGGACAUUUCGAUGUUGUAGCCGAGAUGCUGCCUCGUCCUCUAGUAGAUGAGCUGCCCAUGGAGGAGACUGUGGGCUCAGAAUUGGCGUAUGGCAGAAUCUGUGGGUUUCUCAAAGAUCCACAAGUGGGAAUUAUGGGAUUAUAUGGAAUGGGGGGUGUGGGCAAAACCACCCUCUUGAAGAAAAUCAACAAUGACUUCCUCAUUACAUCCAGCGAUUUUGAUGUUGUAAUUUGGGAUGUAGUGUCAAAACCGCCCAGCAUUGAAAAAAUUCAGGAAGUUAUUUGGAAUAAAUUACAAAUCCCACGUGAUAUAUGGGAAAUUAAAAGCACUAAGGAGCAGAAGGCUGCAGAAAUAUCGAGAGUUCUGAAAACAAAGAAGUUCGUGUUGUUGUUGGAUGACAUUUGGGAGAGACUUGAUCUGCUAGAAAUGGGGGUCCCGCAUCCCGAUGCUCAAAAUAAAUCCAAGAUAAUUUUCACGACCCGGUCACAAGACGUGUGCCACCGAAUGAAAGCUCAGAAGAGCAUAGAAGUGACGUGUUUGUCAUCAGAAGCAGCUUGGACUUUGUUUCAGAAGGAGGUAGGAGAAGAAACAUUGAAGUCUCAUCCACAUAUACCGAGGCUUGCAAAGACUGUUGCUGAAGAGUGCAAAGGUUUACCUCUCGCUUUGAUUACUCUAGGGCGAGCCAUGGUGGCUGAGAAAGAUCCCUCAAAUUGGGACAAGGUAAUACAAGUUUUGAGCAAAUUUCCAGCUAAAAUUUCAGGUAUGGAAGAUGAAUUGUUUCAUAGAUUAAAAGUCAGUUAUGAUAGAUUGUCUGACAAUGCCAUCAAAUCUUGUUUUAUAUAUUGUUCCUUAUUCUCUGAAGAUUGGGAGAUUUCAAAGGAAGUCCUUAUAGAAUAUUGGAUAGGAGAGGGAUUUUUGGGUGAAGUUCAUGACAUACAUGAAGCACGUAAUCAAGGGCAUGAAAUUGUUAAAAAAUUAAAGCAUGCAUGUUUAUUGGAGAGUUGCGGCUCGAGAGAACAAAGGGUUAAGAUGCAUGAUGUGAUCCAUGACAUGGCUUUAUGGUUAUAUUGUGAAUGUGGGGAGAAGAAGAACAAAAUUUUAGUAUACAAUGAUGUUUCUAGGUUGAAGGUAGCUCAAGAAAUUCCAGAAUUGAAAGAGACAGAGAAGAUGUCAUUAUGGGAUCAAAAUGUUGAAGAGUUCCCUAAAACAUUGGUGUGUCCCAAUCUUCAGACUUUAAAUGUAACUGGUGAUAAGUUGAAGAAAUUUCCAAGUGGAUUCUUUCAAUUUAUGCCUCUAAUAAGAGUUUUGGAUUUGUCAAAUAAUGAUAAUUUCAAUGAGUUGCCUACUGGAAUUGGUAAAUUGGGCACCUUGAGAUAUCUUAAUUUGUCAUCCACAAAAAUAAGAGAGUUGCCUAUUGAACUUUCAAAUUUGAAAAACCUAAUGACUUUGCUUUUGGCGGAUAUGGAAUCCUCUGAAUUAAUUAUUCCGCAAGAAUUGAUAUCAAGUCUUAUAUCUUUAAAGUUGUUCAACAUGAGCAAUACCAAUGUCUUAAGUGGAGUUGAAGAAAGCUUGCUAGAUGAGUUGGAGUCCUUGAAUGGCAUCAGUGAGAUAAGUAUCACCAUGUCUACUACUCUUUCAUUCAACAAAUUAAAGACUAGUCACAAAUUGCAAAGGUGCAUAAGUCAAUUCCAGUUGCAUAAAUGUGGAGAUAUGAUCUCACUUGAACUAUCGUCUUCGUUUUUGAAAAAAAUGGAGCAUUUGCAACGGCUUGAUAUAUCUAAUUGCGAUGAAUUAAAAGACAUAGAAAUGAAAGUGGAAGGAGAAGGGACACAAAGUGACGCAACUCUCAGAAACUACAUUGUUGUAAGGGAGAACUACUUUCACACCCUUCGUCACGUAUAUAUUAUUCUUUGUCCAAAAUUGUUGAACAUAACAUGGCUUGUUUGUGCUCCAUAUCUUGAGGAACUUAGCAUUGAAGAUUGUGAAUCAAUAGAACAAUUGAUAUGUUAUGGAGUAGAGGAAAAAUUGGACAUAUUCUCAAGGCUCAAAUACCUCAAGCUCGAUAGGCUGCCAAGAUUGAAGAACAUCUACCAGCAUCCGCUGCUCUUUCCCUCACUUGAAAUCAUCAAGGUGUAUGAUUGCAAACUCUUAAGGAGCCUCCCAUUCGAUUCCAACACUUCAAACAACAAUCUUAAGAAAAUUAAAGGAGAGACAAGCUGGUGGAAUCAGUUGAAAUGGAAAGAUGAAACUAUCAAGGACUCUUUUAUUCCAUAUUUCCAAGUCCAUGAAGCUGAAGCAUAUUUUGCAGAGGAGUCUGAAACUAGCAGCAUAGAUGAUAGGCAAGAACAGCUGAUAUCAAAUUAAUUUCUAUCCAUCUUUCAGGGUUGGUGCUUGUUCUAGCAGUUAAGGCAACAACCGGGUUUUGAUCUUCUUUAUAUAGACUGUGUUGCUGCUGUUUUUGCUGAUUGGAGAUGUCCUGCUCUUUUUCCUUCUACUUGGCAUCUGGGUUUAGUCUGAGGUCUCUAGUAUGUUUUAUCAGGGAGGCGUAAAUGCUGAUUCUCAUAGCAUUGAUCUUUCAUGCUGCUGAGACUGCUGGGAAGGUUGGUGUACUUAUGAUGGUCGCAACAUCCUUUUUGUUUCUGGAUCUCAGGAAUUGGAUUCCGUGGGCUGCCUUUGGCUUUUGAUGUGGGGUGGGUCUUGUUUUGUUGAUUUGUUGAGGCUGGUGCAGUGUGGUGGUGGGUUUGAAGCUGCUAGUAUGCUGCUGCUGGGUCAAUGUCGAUGAGAUAUGGAAAUGCUUUUGGCUCUUUGGGCUUCUGCUGGUUGAUUAUGUUUCCCCUGCUUACACAUGUAUUAUCACCAGAUCCUAUGUGAAGAUGGGAUGGAUUGUUUUAAUAAUGAUGGUGUGUGUGUGAUAUAAUCCCAUCAACAUAGCCACAUGCUUUGGUUCAUAUACCCGAGCACCACUUACUUCCUUGAGUUUGAUAUCCCACUGCCAAGUGUGUUGUCCAUAAUGUUGUAGGAAGAGUGUAAAUAAUUUUUAUUUUUAUUUUUGGGAAUUAUUUUUAAUUUAUUUUAUUUUAUUCUAUUAGUCUUA